AUGGUUGAUAGCUAUAACGUGGUAGUAGACAGGCUUAAUGCCUUUACGCCUGCCGACUUCGAAGGCUACGAGGUAGAAAGGCUGAAAUUGCUAUCAAGUGCGCGCAAGCUAGUUAAUCUUGGUAUCUGGCACCGGUGGACGGCGGUAGGUGGUGGUGAGAAGACUGUUGAAGAGCUAGCCAAGUUGGCUACGAAAGAUUGUGAUUUGAACCUGCUCCGCCGACUACUGCGACUUUUAGGGGCCACGUACGUUAUUGAGGAAACAGGGGAAGAUCGUUACAAACCAACUGACCUCUCACUUUCAAUCGGCGACGAAUCUACCACUACUGCCCAAUACAUUCUUUCUAUGGCCCAUCAUUGGAAUGCCUCUUUUAUGAAUUUGCCGUCAUUCCUAGCAAAGACGUCGUAUCGAGAACCUUUAGAUCCGAAGUAUAAUAACUACGAUAGCUUCAGUGGCUGUAUGAUGGAGUGGUCAAAGUAUAGGUUUUCGUGGCCUGAUUUCUACGAUACGACUUCGCUUGUCGCCGGCGCUGAUCUUGCUUCUGGCGCACCGCUAGUUGUUGAUAUAGGGGGCCACCACGGCUAUGAUACUCUUACAUUCCUGAAGAAACACCCAGAUGUGCCAGACGGUUCUCUAGUUAUCCAAGACCUCGAAGCUGUCCUCGCGGAUGCAAAUCUCGGCACAGACAAGGUUAAACUCAUGCCACAUAUCUUCUUCGAGCCUCAACCUAUUUAUGGAAGUCGCGCAUACUUCCUUCGCGAGGUCUUCCACGACUAUUGA